AUGAUUCCUCCCUGUGACCCUUCCAUUCUCGACCACAAUCCUCAAUUUCAACGACUUUAUGAGACCCUUACCACAUCCAUACUCAAUCCAGAUGCCUCGACCCGCGCUCAAAGCAAGAGCUCCGCUCGCACAGCUGUGGGAGAAAUUCAAAGUUCCAAGAAGCGGAUCAAGGAGCGAAUGCUCCGGCAAUUAGCUUUCGCUCCAGACAGCAGCCUGCCCGCGGAGUACCAUGACAACCUCACCAUAAUAACCCUCUACCUGGAAACCCCAACCAACGCUAUCGAACUCGACACCCCGAACCCAGACACCGAAGCCAAGAAAGCAGACGAUGCACUUUCCCUGCUAGCACCAGACAUCGAAGCAUUCUACUCCAACCUCCCAGCCUUCAUCUCAGCCUUUUCAAACACCCUCUCAUCCGCGAUCCAGGACCUACGCGCUCUCGCAAAUGCGGACACAGAUACAGCCAUAAUACCCGACGCAGACGCGCCCGCUGCACGCUCGAACCAUCAUGCGCGCGCCCGAGCCCGCGACCGUCGAGUCCGGACCUCCAUGGCGCCUGUCCCGCUGCUCUCGUCGCAGUUGCAGGCUCGCAUGCGCGCGCUGCGCCAGAUGCAGCUGUCUGACCUGCCGGUCGCGAGGCGGAAGAUGGCUGCUACCGCGGCGGAGGUGGUUGACAUGCGGGCGCGGGUACUGGAGCGCACGGUUGUGACUCUGGAGCGGGCGAAGCAUGGGGCUUUGGCGAGGGCGACGAAGGCUAAGGCGGAGCAUUUGGCUCUUGUUGCGCAGAAUUUGGAGGGGAAGUUGGAAGUUACGAAGUUGGAGGUUGCGGCUACGCUUUAUACGCCUGAGACAAUUGCUGCGCUCACUCGGUACAGGCAACACCUUCGGCAGACGAAAGAACGCUUGGAGGACCAGCGGAAGGUGGCGCUCGAGGAAUUGAGAGCCUAUGGCGAUGUAGAUGCAGGUCCGAUCGCCGAUUUCGAUGUUGACGAAGGGUCUUUCGCCGAAAUUGCUCGUCAAUAUGGGUAUUUGGCUCGAGAGCUGGAAACAGUGAAAAGAGCAAUAGCACUAGAGGAAUGA